AUCGGCUGGCGUUCAUGAUAACAUUGUAUCUUUUUGUCGGUUGUGCUAUAAGUGAGAGACUAACACUUUGCCGGUUGAUCUUGCAGGUGAUGUUGAGGAUAGAUGGACUCAAGGUUCCCUUGAGGAAAAAGCAAGAGGAGGAUGAGCUUAUCAAGGAGCUCACUAUGGCUAUGGAGACGGCGAACCAAAAGGCGUCUGACCUCGAGCUGCAAGUUAAGAACCUCCAGUUCGAUCUCAAGGCACUGGAGGGUUCGAACAAAGAGAACACCGAGCUGAGGGAAGAUGUUUCUAGACUGAGGACCGAAUUGGCCCAGACGCAGGCCGACCACAAGGCUGAGCUGGCGGCGAAGCAGGAGCGGCUGAUCGCUGAAAAACGAGCAAGACUGCAAGGCUCGCAUGAAGAUGGCCUGGUCCCUUGUCCACCCGGACUAUGAAUGAGAGUUCUUUGAGCUGAGGUACAAGUUGCCACCGAGGAGUAUGAUGCUCAGCCUCUCAACCUUGAAAAUCCGGUUCCCUUCGAAGAAUGGGCUGGCAUUGCAGCCUCAGAUGAAGAGCAGGAGGAGCCGGAAGAACAAGCGCCGGUUGAUGCUACUCAAGCUCCUCCAUCUGGCCAGGGCCAGACGUCUCCCCCUCCUCAGCAGCAGUGAACUUAACUUGUAUUUUCGGCCUGCGUGCUGAGUAUUUUAGAUGUACUCUCUUCCUCCCGGACGUAUUUUCGGGUGACAAUUACUCUUGGCUUUUUGCCAAUUUUUAAUAGAAUUUGUCGACUGAGUCGGUUUUACUUAUAUUUGCCUUUGAUAUAUUUUGCUCCAAUUUUUUUAACUUUUGCGAUAUUUUGGAUGUGCAUGAAUUUUUGAAUGUUGAUCAUAUACAUGCGGUUUGCCCCUGGACAGGUGUUUGCUUAGUAAUUGUCGAACUCCAAGCAGGCAGUCGUCCAACAAGCAUCCGACCAUAAUGUUAGCCGGUCGUUGAUCGCUUCCUUAGAAAUUUUUCCAAAGUAAUUUCUUAGUUGGAAUAGCAGACGGUCUUGGCUAGGCUCUAACCUAGAUUACACGAUUAACCGGUUGUGAAUAAGCCCUUAGGGUAAUCAGUCUUUGCCGGUUGCAUAGAAGCACGCGGCCAUUGGCCAUGUGUUGGUGUCAUAACCAGGUUAUGCUU